AGGCAGCCAAAGGCCCGUCAUUGUACGCUCAGUCUCUGCCGACGGACCCUCCUUUGGUAAGCUUCUCCCCGGAGAUCAGAUCUUGGCCAUUAACGAGGAGACGACGCUGCAAAGACUCUAUUGUUCUCACUGUGCUGCAGCCGCAUCAGUCACCAAAGUCCGCCUUCAUAAGUGCAGCCAAAAAGGCUCGUCUACGAACGAACCCGCCUAAAGUGCGUUUUUCAGAGCAAGUGUCCAUCAGCGAUCCAGACUCAACAAUGCUGAAGGACGAAUCUUUGCUUCUCAUACCCAACGUGUUGAAGGUCUUUUUGGAGAAUGGGCAGAUUAAGUCCUUUACCUUCGAUAGCCGUACAACUGUGAGAGAUGUGAUCUCCUCCCUGCAGGACCGCCUCUCACUGCGCUACAUUGAGCACUUUGCCUUGGUGCUGGAGGCAGGCGGUCUGGACCAGAAUCCAAAGUUGCAUCUGCUGCAGGAGAACCAGCCCCUGACGCACGUGGUGCAUAGAACCUAUUUCCAAGGAAUGAAGUGUUUGUUUCGCAUCUGCUUCUUCCCCAAGGACCCUGCAGACCUGCUGAGGAGGGACCCUGCUGCAUUUGAGUACCUCUACAUUCAGAAUCGCAAUGAUGUAAUCAAGGAACGCUUCGGUAUGGAUUGGAAAUCUGACAUCACAUUACGACUGGCCGCUCUCCAUAUCUACAUCACUGUGUCCUCGGCAAGGCCCAAUCAGAAGAUUUCUCUCAAGCAUGUGGAAAAGGAGUGGGGACUUGAGCCUUUCCUUCCCCUCACACUGCUUCCAACAGUCAAGGAGAAGAAUGUGUGCAAGAUUCUGUCACAGCUGUUGAAGACCUACCAGCAUCCACCACCAUCGGGCAACAAGGUGCCUCCUCUCCAGGGAAAGCUGCAGUACAUGCGUGUACUCAAUGACCUCCCACCCUUUGGGGGAAUACUGUUCAACACAGUUGAAAUGGAUGAAAAACAAUCAGCCACAACUCUUCUGGUUGGUCCUCGACAUGGAAUCAGCCAUGUGAUUGAUCUGAAAAACAACCUGACCACCGUUCUGACAGAGUUUAGUAGGAUAUCCAAGAUCCAGCUCUAUCGAGAGACCCAAGGAGUGGCGCGUGUGGAGGUGUCAAUCCACGAUGGCAAGCCUCUUGUGCUACUCAUGGAAUGGCCUGAUGCCAGUAACUUUGCCUGCCUCAUCUCUGGAUACUACAAACUGUUUGUAGACCCUAAAAGGAACAUUUACUUCAGGAUCCCUGGUCAGUCUCAUAUGACCAAGGCAGAUUACAGAAGCUCCCACCAUUCACACCCACGCUCUGGGGCAACCGGAUUACCAAGUGGAGGGCGAAGAGGGGAUGAGAGAGAAAACUCGCACAGAGAGACAGGGUCUUCCAGGGCCGUAGCUCCUGCAGAGUCUCAACAUCUAGGUCUGUGUCAUUUCCACCUUCAGGAACAACAACAGUUUCAUGAGCUCCAAGCACACCCUGAAGCUGAACUUGACAUCAAUGAGAACUUUAUUUCCCAGGAGGCCCCUGGGCGGCCCCGCACCAAGUCAGAUCCAACGCAACAGAGUACCGAGGAUAUUGCUGGGGUUUCAGUGAACCCCCCAGUAGAUAAUGCAGGAUUUAGAGUCCGAGCUCAAACAUUGGCUCAGACGCAGAAAGCACCACGGUUCUUCUGUGACUCCUGCAAAGACAGGCAGCGGAAUGGAGAUUUGUCAACAGCUGGGAGCAGUGGUCGAAGCUCAGGAAAAGUGUGCUCUAGUGCUUGUGCUUCUCGAAAUGGAGGUAGCGUUGACCUCAUGGCCCUGCCACCCCCUGGGAAUGAGGACGACGAUGAGGAGGAGCCACCCGUUGAAGGCGAAAAGCUGCAGCUACCACCACCUGCGAUUGCUGCCCCUCCACCUGGCUUUAGAGACAAUAGCUCUGAUGAGGAUGACUCAAAGAGAGGAAGGAAGGCUCGAACCAGCGGCAACGCAGCAAUUACCAGUGGGAAACAGCGCCAAACGAAAGAAGCCGUGCCUGUGACACUAAUUGAUAACGUGGCUACAAGAACAGUUCGAGAUCAUGCACAGGAACUUGACGAUGCUUUGGUGUCCACCUUACAGGCUCUAGAGGCUUUGGCAGCUUCUGAGGAGUACCCCCAUCCCCACCAACAGCCAACACAGACUGCAGGGCUCAUCGUAUUGGCUGCUAUUACACCAGAGUCAUCGUUGGACUCAGGCCAUGAGACCAAUUCUUCUGAACUGACAGAUGUUUCUGAGAUGGUUUCAGCGAUGAAGCAGAAUCAAAACCAGACUUACCUGUUAACACAUCAUAUAAACAAGGAAAGUCGCCUCUGCCGCCGCGACUUUCCUUUGGCAAUCCCUGGAUGCACAGCAAAGACAAUAGGGACAGGGGCGUUUUCUGUGGGUCAGAUACGUGCUGGAUGUCCACCCAAGCAAGUAAUUCUCAGCAAGACUGUACCCUUCAAAGUCAACCCUUGUCAAGACUCUGGAAUUGUUGGUGUUGUGAGGGAGCAUAGAAGCAAUCAAGAUACUAUUCAGAAUGAACAGAUACUUGAAUUAAAUGCAAACUUUGAUUCUACUAAAGCAAACAUCCCUAAUCCUACAUCUAAACCAGCUGAAGAACUAAAAGUGUCUGAGGUUUCGCUUUCAGCACAAGUCACUAAAGAUCCAAAGUCGUCCAGUGUCACUGGGGAUGUUCAAAGGCUAAAUCUUCCUGAUGGCGUAAAGGAGAAGACAACACCACCUCUUAAUACAGACAAAGCCUUAUCUGUUCUAUUACCUGUGGACAGAACUGCCUCAGCCAAGAUUCCCCUGACUAACCUGUGCCAAGACGCCGAGACUGCCUCUAGCGAGACCAGUAAGCCUUCCAGCUCGACAGAAUUUCUGUCAGUUAAUGAUCUUUUCUGCACAUGCCCGGUGCAACAGGGACCCGGGCCUCAGUUGAGAAUCAAAGAUCCACAGGUUCAGAAGGUAGUAGUGUUUCAAUCCUCAUCCCCUACUGAUGAUGAGCGUCUACGAGCAAAAGGACUCUUCUUGGCUAACAACAAAGAAAAUGCCAUAAAAAUGGCAGCAGAAUGUAAUUUGGCAAAACCAAGUCCUAAAGUGCAGAUAAACUAUUCUCCUAAUUUGCCUCUAAAAGCAGAGAGAAAAGAUGAAGCCGAUAGCAUGACAGAUGUUGUCCCUGGUAAAUCCCACUCUGAGCCACAGAUAUGUGUCACAAAAUCAUUACCUAAUUUAGAGGAUAACACACCAAUAUCCUCUUUAGAUAAGGUAUAUACUCUGCCAGCGAGAGAAUCAAAGAAAGUGGGCAGUUUAAAGGGAAAAUCCCAGCGCAGUGCCCCUUUUUUGAGCAUUAGAAAUUUACUUUCAGCAACGUUCCCGGCAAGAAUGAGGAGGGAAACAGAUGAGCGAAGGGCUCAACUGCAAAAGGUUCGUCAGUACGAGUUGGAGUUCUUAGAAGAGCUGCUGAAACCCAAGUCCUCGCAGGGAGAAUUUUUGCCCCAAGGAUCCUCACCUGUGCCCUCAGGGACUCCUUGUGCAUGUCAACUACGCAACAGCCCUGUCCUAAAAGCACCAGGUAUCUCCAGGGAGCAGAGACGUAGCUGUGACUGUAAGAGAAUGUGUAGAGGUAUGAGGUUACCUGAUACGCCAGUUGGCUCCACGGCAGAAACGCAGAACAGAAGCAGGGAGAGAACUACAGAAAAGACCCCUCCCACAGUCACCAAAGCACCUCAUAGUGAAGGUGCUACAAGAAGAUCUCAGAAUUUGGAAGUCAAGACUGCACGAAUACGUUCCAUCAGCCUUGAAUCAAGGGAGCCUAGGGGAGAGCAGGGCUCCUGCUUGCCAACUGGUACCUCACAAACAGACUACGUGGAUGAACCACAAAAACUCCAGAGGCGAUAUAGCAUUGGAGAGCUCGAUAACAAUACUAACACACCUGUUUAUGCUGAGGUGAAGCCCAAAACCAAAAGUCUUGAGAAAGAGAUGGAGAGAGUGAGGGCCACAGGAUUGAGGCUGCCGACCCCAGUGGAGCCAAUUCAUACACAAUCUCUUCAGCCGGACGGGAAGGGGAAAAAGGGUGUGUUUUUCAUACAGAGCAAUGAGUUAUUGUGUGAAAAUAAAGGAGAGACCACGGAGGUUCUGCUGACCUUGCCCAGCGAAGACAGCGACGACAGGGACAAAUGCUGCUCAUUCUGUUUCUGCUACAGGAAAUGUGAGGCAGCAGAUGAGAGCAGUGAGAAGGACGAGUUAUCCUACUCCAUUCCCCUUCAGGUUCUUCCAGGUAUGGAGCUGGACUCAAGUACCUUCCCUGUUGUUAGCAAAACCCUCCAGGUUCUUAAUGCAGAGGACUGCAGUGGAGAAGAAGACACAGAGAAAGAGCCGCACGCACAAGAGAUUGACCUUAGAGCAUGUGGUACACUGGAGGGGAGCCUGGCCCGGGUCCAGACCCUACAGGGGAAAUCCUUCAGCCUGCCUGAUGGCUUCCUAAACGCCCAGUUGGAUGCAAAUGAGUUAUUAGCAAUCCUGCGUCAGUGUGCAAACAGCCCACAAGCUGAGGGCGAGGCUCGUCUUCAGCCCUCACGGAUUACAGAGUACAAACAGGAGCUGGCGGUGCGCUUCAAAGAAUUCCGAGCAUCUUGUCGGAGAGUGGCGAGUGUGGAAAAAAGCCCGACUUGCAUGCUCGCGGUCGUCACAGCCAGCUUUCAAGUGUUGUGCGAAUUAACGCAGACCUUCAUUAAACUGGUCCGAGGGGUUCGCACAGAAACUCAAAGACAGCAGCUGUUGAGGAAAGUGGAGGAAGUCGCUAUUAACUACACUUUGCUUCUUCGCGCAGCCGAGGAAUCGAUGGGACAUUCGAGCAGCCUGCCAACGAAAACAGUGAGCCCUCAAGUGUCCUCCAACACCAACAACAUGAGCUCACUCACCCGACCCAUCAAAGUGCUCUCUGCCCAGUAAGGAGAACUUUGGCGGGGUUGUGAACAAAACCAACUUAUGCGCAUCAAUUAUUUAUUUAUUGUUUACAUUUUUACUGAAUGUGCAAUGGAUACUCAAUGCAGCUGUUCCAUCCCAUGUUUACAGGCCCUGAGGUAGCCUUGUGGAUAUCGCUCUGAAAUGUAAAGAUUCACCAAACCAAUGCACAAGCGAACAGAACCCCCGAAAAAGACUGGGUGAUACAGGGCUAAUCACCUCAUCAGUAUAUUAUCAAAACAAAUAAGUCAAUAUCGUAUAUUUUAUAUGUAGUAUAGAUUUGAGUUGUGUCUACUUAGAAAAUAUAAAACAUUUUGUGGAGAAAAAGAGUUAUAAAUAUAUUUAAAGAGAAUUAUUAAGAUAAUAAAUAUAUGCUCUGGACUAGAGAUGCGCGGUUUGCGGGCACAACCGCGGAGUCCGCGGAUUAUCCGCGGAUCGGGCGGAUGAAAUUAAAAAAAAUUAGAUUUUAUCCGCGGGUCGGGUCGGGCGGUUGAAAUAAAAAAAAAUUAGAUUUUAAAUAGAUUCAGGCGGGUGGCAGUUAAACCAA